CUUAUUCCACAUCACGCUGUUGUUAUACUUGUUUGUGAGCAAACAGAGAACUGUAGCACUCAAGAUAAAUGGCAACAGCAAAACCGUGGCUAGGAUUAUUCUUUAUUGCAUCCUGCCUUCGUGGUAAGUGAGAUAUAUUUUAAUUUUAAUUGUAUAAAUAUUAUUGCGUUAUACAUGCACGCGGGCGAGCACGAUGCACGCUGUCAGAAGCCAAGAAAUGGCGUAAACAUGGACCAGUCCCAAGAGAAUCACACUGCUUCACCCACCCUAUUUUGUACAUAUUUAAAGGGUGGAAUGCUAGAUUGCUUAGGCCAUUCCCUUUGACAUAUAUGCAGCUGUGUCAACACGCGCCAUUAGUGCAAAUAUAAAGCGGACGCUACCUUGUAAACAGUUAAUAUAUUUCACAAAUGUACCUUGUUUCUUCUCCAUUCAAAGUAUUUUAAUGUAGAACAAAGCCGCACAAAUAUAGUGAUUUCACAAUAUUCCGGUGCUUAGUUUUAUUUUGAAUGAGCUAAUACUAUCUUGCAAUUGUAUAAUACAACGAUGUAUUAAAUUAUCAUAUCAAUCCAAUUUGUUGAACAGCUCUGUUAUUCUUACCCAGCGAAGAGACAAUUUAGCAAGCCUCAUGCAUCGAAAAGUUUAAAUAUGAGCUUGAAUUCCUUACUAAAGCAUAUCCAGGGUUUCCAAGAUGUGGUAUACUGAGCGUAUAUUUUUAUACUGUAUCUACAUUUACAGGAUUAAACCAAGCUAUAUUUUAGAAAUAACAUUUAAUAUAGAACUUGCUACAGUGGGAUACUGCCAUAAAUUGUCUAGCACGUACUGAUAUAUCAAUAACAUCUAAUUUUGCUCACAGCAUGAUUUGAAGUGCAGGAAGAUGCACUUCCCUGUCGAGAAGCCUGUUGGAGAUAGACACGGAUUUAUGUUUAUAACGAUGUUAUAAUUAAGUGAAUAUAAUAAUGACAGGAAGAACGACCCUUAUUUGACCUCUAGGAAAAACACGAGUUAUAAUUAUAUAAAGAUUAAUUGCAUCCAUUUACGAUUUAUAUUUAUAUUGGCAAGCGGGGGUUGUCAAGUGAACGCGUUGAAAUUUUCGAUUGGCCAGCUACGUGACGAAAACAUCGAAAUACGUGACCCCAUUACGCCGUGAUACAUCGUUUCUUUAAGCGUGCAGCCACUAAGAAAUACUGUUAUCUUACAAUUACGUCAUUCUAUAUUAAUUACUCAUUCUUUAAGAACUCACUUCGUUGCCGUUUGCAGAAAAAUUUUUUGGCGGGCUGGACUAUUUUAUAUCACUAUAUUCUAUAGAUCUAAAUUGUAAAAUGUAAAAAUUUUCUUGGGGACGACCCCCACACGCUCCUUUUCUUAAGAAACGUAGUAUGAAAUCAUGCAGAAAAAGCUUUAUUAUAAUUAUUACAAUUCAGGUAGAUUUUUAAAAUUGAAGUUCAUAUUUCAGGCAAAAUCCUCCCACAACCCCUCGACCCCCCUCCCCCCACGACAAAUUAUUUCCUACGUACGUGACGAUCAGUGGAAUCAUGCAGUUGUGAGGGUAUAUGAAAAAGCAAACCCACAGCUAUUGUGCUGCAUGAUUUCUUACAGCAGUGUCUCGCCCCAUGUGAGGUAAUCCAGGAGGUAUUUGGAUUCCGGAUCCCACUGCUUGGAUUCCGGAUCCUGGAUAUCGGAUUCCACAUCUUGGAUUCCGGAUUCCGGAACUAUCGUGGAUCCCGGAUUCCAAUUUCAGGACCGUAGCCGGAAAAUGAAGAUGCUAUUUACAAACAAAAAUACGCAUGUUUUACGCAUAGACGUAUUACAGACGCUUGCAGUGCUGUUGGGAGUUCUUUUUUAUUGGGGGAGGGGAGAGAACGAGGGCCGUAGGCCCGGGGGAAUUUUUAAGUUUAGAGUCUCUGAAAUGUCAUUUCCUGGACUUUGGGGAAGUUUUGACAGAAUUCUGAUGAUCUGAAAAUAGUGUUUUAGUUUGUCGAAAUUUACAAUUUGCUUAAAAUUUGGUAGUACUAAAUGGGCGAAGGCGUAUUUAAUUAAUUAUAUAUAUAUAUUGGAGAAAUUGCAGGAAAGUGUGGGAAUUUGUAGCCGCUUAAAAUUAAUCAGUUGUCAGUUUUUUAAUGGUUAUAUGAUAAAGGUCUGCAUGAUUUUGAAAAAAAGAAUGAUAAUUAGCAAAUUAUUGGGAGGGCCGCACCACACAGCCCCCCCCCCACCCCCCCGGUUGCUGUUAAAUGUUAUCCAUUAAAUGCCAUGAUUUCGUAAAUCAGUUUAUACUGAUACUACAAUUAUAUUCUAUUCUCUCUGUUUAACAACUAAACUUUUGUUAUGCUAUUAUUGCCCUAAAUUUCCGAAUGGCCAACCCGAUUUUACGAAUAUGUUAAUUCUAAAAAAGUUGCGGCGGGGGUAACCCCCCCCCAUACCCCUACCCCCCUCGCUACGGCCCUGUCCAAUUUAUUAUUUUGUGUAUUGCAAAGCCAAUAUCAGUUUCCAGUUCAUCUCAGUUCGCAGUACUAAAUAGCAUUUAUUUUCGAGGAAAUUGUUAAAAUGUUCACAUGUCAAGUAACCUGAUUAAUAAUAAAUUUAAUAUAGCAGACAUAACUUAUACGUGUAACCUUUCAAAACGGACAGGCACACUAUAUUUUUGUAUCAAACACAGGCUUGACAGGCUCGAUUUGAUGUAAACGACCUUCAUGCAGCGUUUUAAUAAUUCAUGCGAAAUUAAAAAAAAGCAUUUUAUUCUGAUGUAAAUGUAUAAACGGGUCAGCGGCUGGUUUUCUUGGUACCGAGUAUAUAUAAAUAAAAUAAAACAAGAUUGACAAGAAAAUAAUACACUCAUUUUCUCAUUUGAUUCCUUACUGUGUUUGGAAUGUUUCUCCAUGACCAAGUCCGAAAAUUCGCUUCGUAGUCGACUCAAAAGCUUAAGAUGCACCAAGAUGCACGAGCUUAAGAUGCACUUAAGAUGCACGAGUUUAAGAUGCACCAAAUCUACAGCCCCUCAUGGGCAAACUAAGAAACUGGGGGCAAACUUGCUUCCUGCCAAUGUUUCGCCAGGUUUCCCAAGGUGGACAAAAUAAGAAACAAUAUCUCCGUAACAUAAAUUGCACUUGGAAAACAUGAAUUGUUUCUGAAUUUGAUAGGAAACAUUUCUGCUUCUCUGGAUGCAAAUUGUGUUUCUGCAACGAUGUUUUCACGGGUAGGCAAAUACAGAAACACUUGAGUAAACAUGGCGAAUCACAAUGUUUUCUAGUUUUCCCAAGGCUUACGACGCGGACGUGACAUAAAAACCGUUGCUAAUGUUUGGAAUCCAGUUUUAUUAUAUGCAGCUUCACUUGUGUCUCUGACUUUGUUUACCAACUGGGGGCCAUAAUUUUUAUCCGUGUAGUGAAACUGCGGGAAUAGUUACAGUUUUUGUCCACGACCGCGUCGUAGAUUUGGUGCAUCUUAAGCUCGCUAUUGUCUAUAAACAGCACAAGAUGCAAACGGUGUAUAAGAAUGUGUAUACACCCGUUAGUAAUCGGGAGGCGAGCGGGCAGAAGCAGUUUCUCAAAUUUCAUGUAUUUGGACUAUUUGGUCAUGAAACUUGAAAGAGCCUGAACAUAUUUCCUGGAGUUAAAUAAAAGAGGAGAUGGUUAACAAUGUUUUUUAUAUUUUUUAUGGGUUGUUUUUUCUAAAUUAAUAAAACAUGAGUGGAUUCCAGAACGACCUGGGCUCUGGAUUCCGGAUUCCUCAGUUAUUUGGAUUCCAGAUUCCACUGCAUGUCUGGAUUCCGGAUUCCGGAUUCCAAGACUCUGGAUUCCGGAUUCCUAAACCAACAAAAAGUCGGAUUCCGGAUUACCUCACAAGGGGCGAAGUGUCAAUUGAGUAGCAUGUUCAUACUUUUAUAGCUAGAGUUAAAUAUUCUUUAAAUUCAUACUUGUUUCAUUUACAAUAUUUCAGUCUUGUGAUUUGCAAGUAAAUAUUUGGUUCUUUUUAAACAAUUUGCAGAUAAAAAUACCAUUUACAAUCAUAGUGAUGCAUGACAUCUACUGAUCUACAGUACUUCAAACAACUAAGUGAACACAAUUUGCUUAUAUUAUGGUCACUGGUGAUAAUAUUUGAUAUUAUAGGAAGGUCAGAGUAUGCAAGUAUCAGGGCAGUACAACUAUCAGACAAAAGUUUUAGUGGUGACGACAUAAUCGAUUAGAUGAGUUCAUUAUACAUUCCAAUGCUGUUAGAUCUUACAAUUUAAAAAAUGUUUAAAAUAAAAUCGAAAUCUAGUAUUAAAUAUUUUAAAUAUUAUAUUAAUGAAGAACUUCGAAUUUAAAGGUUUUAUGAAAUCUGCGAUGCCAGCAAUUAAAGAAAAGCUAAUAACUUGUAUACCAGACACCAGAAUAUAGAAUAGAGACUUUAUUUCACGAGGGAAAACGUAUUAACCGUAAAAGUUAUCUAACAUACGGCCCUAAUAUAGUUGUAACAAGAAACCAAUUCAAUGAAAUCUUUCUAAAUUAGCCUUUCUUACGUCGCCAUUGUUGGGUGGCUUUUCAGCUGAAGUCUGCGAGAUAAGUCCACAUAACAGCGACUUUUUAUAACAUUUUGGACGAAUGAUGAUUUACGGUACAUUUGCUUUGUAAAUGGUUAAUUUAUUUCGGAAAAUUGCUUUUCAUGUUGUUUUAAUUAUCUGCAUUGCCGUUAACGAGAAUUAGAUGCCACCCAAAAAUGGCGGAUAUUUGUUAUCGUGAGAUAGGCUAAUUACUGGAUUGUUCAGGCAUGCAUUGGAAUACCUCUUACUAUGUUGUGGUAGAGUGACAAAAUACGCUUAUUAUUAAAGCAAAACAUUUAUUAGUUAAAAUUUUUGAAAAACGAUAAAAGUGACAUCAUCAGUUGCUGUAUAUGCUUAUUAUUAAAGCAAAACAUUUAUUAGUUAAAGUGUGACUCAUUAAUAUUGUUGGCUACGCCACUGCUAUCAACCAUGGCUUUUAAUUGUUUUAAUUAUAAAUCGAGUGAUUGUUGUAGCCAUUUGUUUGGCAUUGUAAAAAGAUAUUGCAUCUAUUUUAUUAAUUGACCAUUCUUCUAUUGUAUUUAUUGAUUUUGUAUCACAAUGAAUGUUUGUGAUGUAUGUUCAUGACAAUAUGAGCUUUAGCUGUAUUCAACAGGCUGAAUGGGCUAGCCACAUGUAGGCAGUGCCUACCUAUUUUUAAGUCAUUUAAUGCACUUGUAUAAAGCACUUAAUUGUAUAGCCGUGCGCUUCAACGUGUGUUUUAAAUAGUAUUUAACUAAAAAAGUGUUUCCUCACACCGAUAUUUUAUUCAUGAAACGUUUUUUCCUUACUAUAUCGCUAUAAAUAAUUUUAAUGGUUUUGUUAGGUAGAUGAAUUAUUCUCAAUAAUUUUUUACUUCGACAAAAUAUGUACAAAAAUACUGUUUUAUAUAAGUAAGAUGGAAGGCUGGGGGAUCGAUACCAUAGAUAUCUUAUAUAAACUAGAUAGCGCAUCUCUUUAGUAAAAUUGAAGCCAAGAAUAUCCCAGCGGUUACCCCCAUUUGAAUAGAUGGCGGCCAUGUUGGAGCUUCCCACUCGCUAAUAAACGCUUAAAAAAUAACAAUACCUUUCAUCAUUUGAAUAGUUUGAAAAUGUAUUUAUAAUAGGAUUAACUUAAUGUUUAAGUUGCCUGUUUAAGAAAUAGGAUACAUACGAAUCUUCUCAUUUCAUGGGAAGAUCCUGAGCCUGCAAUCACGGCUUCAAUUUUUGAAUUGCAGAAUAAUUAGAUGCGCUAUCUAGUGUAUAUAAGAUAUCUAUGAUCGAUACGGAUACAACUAUCUGAAAGAUACUCACAGAACUUCAACGUUUGAAGCACAAGCUCUUCGUCGGAAUGUUAAUUAGUAACUCCCCGCUGAAUGUAAUUCCUACAUUUCUUGGUUGCAAAUAGAAUCAAAGUGUAUUCAUUCAUUUAUGUAAUAUGUUGUUUAAUAACACGAUUUUGUUCUGUUCCUAUCUCAUACAAUUUUUAUAUAAUCUUCUUUGCCAUCUAGUUAUUGAAUGUCAAGGAUGUCCAAGAGGCUGGAAAGGAUUUGGCAAUUCAUGUUAUCUCUUUGUUAUACCGACUUUACAAAUCCGUCAAAUGAGCUGGGAAGACUCCAGAGCUAAUUGCUUGGGAUAUGAAGCUGACAUGGUUUCUAUUCUUAAUUCCGCGGAAGUUGAUUUUAUUUACCAGCAAACAAGCGCCCUAGGAAACUAUGGGUUCUGGAUUGGGCUAUUCCGCCACAACACGACCAAUGAUACAUAUGAAGGCUGGAUCUGGAGUGAUGGCAGUAAUUUUACAAAUCCUCAGCAGUGGUUAGCGGGUGAGCCGAAAACCCAACAGAAUAAGAGAAUCUGUGCUGAGCUUUUCGCAAAUAGUAAAGGAUGGAAAGCUUAUGAUUGCGCCAAAUUAUUUUCUUCAAUAUGCAAAAGAAAAAAAGGUAAUUUGUAUUUUUAUGUUCUUCUUGCAAGAUACCGCACUUUUGAAAAUACAAAACCGCUUUAUGACCAUCAAAUUUCGUAAUCCAUUUUGAAUAGACAGGUUUGAAGUAAACUGUAUUGAACAGUCGUACGUUCACUUCAUUGACUAACUAUACUUUGUAGCUUUGUUUAGCAAAGUUGAAUAAUGGGAACAAUCAAGAAAAACAAAUUGAUCGGUAGCAAGCAACCGAGUUGAUGCGCAUGCAUGCAUGAUAAAAUAAAAAAUGGGUUCAUGGCCAAACACGUUAAUUAGUAUGACAAUAAAAAAUAUAGCUCGACUUUUUCUACGAAAGAUAAUAGUGUAAAAUUUUGUACUACUUUACUGUGCGACUUCAAACAGAUUGGAUAGCUGGGAAUCUGAAUUAAUUUUCGUCAUAGUAUACAAAUGAUUUCAACACAGAAAAGAAACGACCAAUCAUUUGUAAAUUUUGAUUAUAGAAUCUUGUCACUACAUUUAUCUCAUGGGCUACAUACCGGGUGUCCCAAAAAAAGUACUCCGGUUUGAUUUAUAAUAACUUCUAAACAAGUAAAUCUAUCAAACAGAAAUAACUUGCAUUAAAUAGAGGAAGGAAAUACUUAGAUUUUGAUAUGUUACAGUUGUAUUUAACUUAAAAAUUCACGGAGAUAUUAAUGUUCAAAAUCGGGAGCAUAUUUUGGGAUGUGUCUAAAAUUAGCGAAAAUCGGCACAUCAAAUAUUAACUCCAGCGUUUGUUUGCUUAAUGACAUAUCAGGCUAACUUGUAUUUCAGCAAAUUGUCGUUAGGGUUUGUAAGGGAUAUGACGUAGAUUUAGACAUCUAACAUGUAAGUCUUAACUCAUUGUUUCCUGAAAUAUGAACGUUCGAAAUUAUGUGCAAGUAUUUAAUAGGUCUUUGCAACUUAAAGGUAUACAUGAAAGACCAUGCAAGGCAGGUGCUUAAAUUUUUCUUAAAUAGCCUAAUUUGUUUAUGUUUUUAAUGGGUUCAAAACAAAGUUGAUUAUUUCUCGGUUAGAGCAGGAUGAAUAUUAUUCUUUAAUGAAGGAAAUAAUAUUGCUUUUUGCAAAUACACAUCACAGUAUCAACGCUAGCGCUAUUUUGUUACGUUUUGUUCCAAAAAUGUUGGAUUUCUCUGGGGAGUUGAUUGUUUUGUCUUUACUUAUGGAGUUUUUUUGCAUAGUUUGAUUGUGUUUCAUUCUCAGUUUAUUCUGAACUUGCCAAGAUUAAGAAUUAGGCAAAAGAGUUUGGGUGUUCUUAACAAGAUUUCAGAACGUUGCAGAAUAUAUAAAGUUCAUUCAAUGUGAAGUUAGAAAAUUCACAAUUCCAUUGUGACAGCAUACCCUAAUUCAGAACUACAAACGAUCCAUGACGAUCCUUUACAAUGCAGUGGUCUCAUGAAAUAAGGAAACGUAUUCGUGCUAGGAACACACGCGGAUUUCGGACGAAUAAAUCUUGCUUGUAUUUUGUAGAUAAUAAUACUUUGUUUCAUAAUAAACAAUUUGUCAAGUAUCAUUUAUUUACUGGUAAUAGUGCAUGUUUCAGUCGGGCAAAUCUUGAUUAAUACUUGAUACGCCGUUUUUUGCAUAUUUCAGACACAUCCAAAAAUAUGCUCCCGAUUUUAAACAUUAAUAUCUCCGUGAAUUUUUAAGUGAAAUACAACUGUAAUAUAUCAAAAUCUAAGUUAGUCCUUCCUCUAUUUGACGCAAGUUAUUUCUCGUUAAAAGCUUUACUUGUUUAGAAGUUAUUACGAAUCAAACCGGAGUACUUUUUUUGGGACACCUGGUAUUGUAAUGAUAUAUAAAUUAAGGUUUGCAAAGAAAAUAUUUUAUAUACACUAAAAUAUUUGUAUUGUAUUCGAUGUUCACUAAACGUUUCUUUAAUAUUAAUAUGCAGGUCUUCCUGAUCCAACUAUUCCAACUGCUGGGCCUCUUCCUCCCACUAAAGGUACGGCAUUGUUGCAGUGCUUAUCACCUAUUUUUUAUUUCGCACAAACAUCCAGAUAACUGCAUAUAAAUUCUGACAAAUUUAAUUUGAUACUGACAUUUAGCCACGAUAUGUUUCUUCCGAAAAAAAUAUAAAUCAAUAAAAUGAAAAUCUACAAACUAAGAAAAAAUUCAUAAUAUGGAUUUCAUAUAUGAUUUACUAUUAUAAAGUAUGUCAUAAUAUUUUAUCUUUAUAACUAGAUCCACCUCCAAGUUGUGAUUAUGGAUGGGUGGCCUAUAACAGGUCCUGCUAUAAAAGUUUUGAAAAUCCAAGAACAUGGGAUGGAGCAAGGCGUGCCUGUCGAGACACCGGGGGACACCUGGUCAGAAUUGACAAUGAUAUUGAGCAACAUUUUUUAACAAAUUUUGUUCGUCCACAACGUGAGGUUAGUGUUUUUCUUGUUUAUUCGGCCACAAUAAAUUGGUGUUUGAAUAAUUUUUGUAACAAUACUCAGAAUACCGAUUUCUUCAUGGGAAGCGAUGGCGUAUAAAUAUUUUACAGAUGCGUGAAUUUGUAUUCGCAAGCGUAUUCUUUCGUGUGACGACAACCUGCACGAGCGACCGCGGAUGCAAUCACGAGUGGUAAAAGCUGUUUUGGAAAAACACAUCGAAAAAAUUAUCUCUCUAACGGGAUUAGCAGUUGGGCGCUGGUGUAGAUAUACAAUAUAUAAUUUGAGUUAUCCCGAGUCAACAGCGCGGAGUGCCGUUUCGGGAAUAAACCUGACAGUACUAAUUCUGCACAGUUAUUUACACCCGGAAAAGGGAAACGUUAUAGCGAAGUCUAAAAUUUGUUAAUAAUCGUGGGCGCAUGGCUAUGGUUCACCAUUUACCAUGCGUAAUUGGCGGGUGGUCAUUCUAACUGAUCUCAAGAUAUGGCGCGCUUUAAUGGAUAGCGAACACUGAUUGGUCAAAUUUAAAAAUUAAUUUGAAUUAUAACAACUACAUACUACUGCGAAAUAUCAAACAUUUCUUGAAAAUAUAUUUCACUGUGAUAAAUUUUGAAAUAGACAGCAUAAAAAGCAAAAUAGUCCGUGUGCAGAUGAACUCCAUACAAAGCCACCCACGUUUUACUUUCUCACCAUUCAGCAAGUCUAAAAAAAUGCUGGUAGGAAAACAGCGCCCGGGGUUAUCUUGUGGAAAGCACUGGGGAUUUUCCUCGUUGCCCUUUCGAAUGAAUGUCUCUUUCUGCAUUUUGGUUAAACCCUUCCAAGUCGAAGGAUAAUUUACUGGUAUCACUAGUAUGGUAGACGGAUCCGUGUGAUUAAAGUGAGGGGGUUCUCGAAUGUUACUGACACAACCUACGUUCUUAGUUGCCGGAAGGUUUUCUCUUUCUAUUCUUCAGAUUGCUGGCAUGUUUGAUCUUUAUUGUCAUCGAGAUUAG